UUACACCCUCUGGCCUCUUCCCUGUGCCUCUUAUUUAGUCUUCUACCUCUCUGUUCUUCUCUCCCCAUCACCCACAAACUGGGAUCAAGUUUAAGAAUGACUGUGGAGCUUUUAAGGAUUAAUUAAUACUCGCGCAACAUAGUCAGUCAUUCAGUCAGAACUCGGAACAACGAUGUCUGAAUCUCCCUGUUUCGCCGGCGGUGAGAAGAAGCAGCAUUGGUGGCUUACAAACAGGAAGAUUGCCGAUAAAUAUGUGAAGGAUGCGAAAGUUCUGAUUGCAAGUCAAGACCCCGGCGCCAUGGCUUCUGCUCUGAACGUUCUUGAUGCCGCGCUGCUUCUCUCGCCUCGACUCGAGUUGGCCAUGGAGUUAAAGGCGCGGACUUUGCUUUUUCUCCGGCGGUUUAAGGACGUCGCCGAUAUGUUGCAGGACUACAUUCCCAGUCUUAAAGUAGCCCCGGAUGAAGCGUCGCCGUGUUCGUCUUCUUCUGAAUCGUCGGAUGGCUCCUCCAGGCCGCUGUCUAGGGAGCGUGUGAAGCUUCUCUCCUCCGGGGAUGACGAGCCCACUUUCAAGUGUUUCUCGGUCUCCGAUUUGAAGAAGAAGGUCAUGGCUGGGCUCUGCAAAAGCUGCGAAAAGGACGGUCUAUGGAGAUAUUUGGUAUUAGGUCAAGCGUGUUGCCAUUUGGGGCUAAUGGAGGAUGCAAUGGCCCUUUUGCAGACCGGAAAACGCAUUGCCACUGACGCCUCAAGGCGUCAGAGCAUUUGUAGGUCCGACGAUAGCUUUUCAUUCGCCCGAUUCCCCAUCUCCGGCGUGGACAAUAGCAAUACCCAGCCCCCCAAAACAGAGUCAGAAAGCAUUUCUCAAAUGCUCAGCCACAUCAAGAUGCUCCUCCGCCGUAAAACCUCCGCAAUCGCCGCCCUGGACGCCGGGCUUUACCUGGAAGCCAUCCGCCACUUCUCCAAGAUCGUCGACGGCCGCCGUGGAGCCCCUCAAGGCUUCCUGGCCGAGUGUUACUCGCUGAGAGCCUCCGCCUAUCAAUCCGCCGGCCGAAUAGCCGACGCAAUCGCAGAUUGUAAUCGAACCCUCGCAUUAGAACCGUCUUGCAUUGAAGCUCUCAGAACAAGAGCAGCUUUGUUCGAGGCUAUCCGAUGUUUGUCCGACAGCCUUCACGACCUCGAACACCUAAAACUCUUGUACAACACGAUGCUACGCGACCGGAUAUUGCCCGGACCGCUUUGGAAACGUCAGAAUGUGCCGUACCGGGAAAUCCCCGGAAAACUCUGUUCUUUGGCCACGAAAAUUCAAGAACUAAAGCAUAGGGUUGCUUCUGGCGAAACUGGAAACGUGGAUUAUUAUGCUUUAAUGGGAUUAAGGAGGGGUUGUUCAAAAUCCGAAUUGGAAAGAUCCAAUUUACUCCUUAAUAUCAGACACAAACCUGAUAAAUCCAUGAGCUUCGUGGAAAGAUGCGAGUUUGAAGACGAUCAAGACAUUGAUUCUGUGAGGGACAGAGCAAAGAUGACUGCUCUAUUAUUGUACAGAUUGAUUCAAAGAGCUUAUACUAGCUUAACAAAGACCAUCAUUGAAGAAGAUGUAGCCGCUGAGAAACAAAAGAAAAAGGCCGCCGCCGCAAUGCAAGUAGAACCGGAGAUGUCCGGGAACAGUACUAUGAUCGAGAACAAGGUUACAGCAGCCAUCAAAGCAUCACAACAAUCGCCCGCGUUUCAAGGAGUUUUCUGUCGUGACCUGGCCGUUGUCGGGAGCUUGCUAUCUCAGGCCGGGUUCAAUCGCCCCAUUCCUAUGAAAUACGAAGCAUUGAGCUGCUGAAUUCUGAUCAUCAAUGGCGCCCAACAACCAGAUCUCAACAAAACCGGCCGGACCAAAAUGAUUCAAUCAUUAUUACAAUUAAUAAUAAUAAUAAUAUUAUUAAACAAAAAAGUGGUCUGAUCUUUUUGUACAAAAUGGUAAGAAAAUAAUCAAAUAUGUAGCUAGCUUAUUAGCGGCCAAGAAAAUUUUGUUACUCUGUUACCCAAUAUAAUCGUCUGUUUAUUUGUUCUAUUU